AGCUCAUGGAUACCUGUACUUGUGUCUCUUUGUCACUGAGUGCACUUGGGCAAAUCACUACUCUUCUUAAUUUCCCCACAUGAAUUAAAAAAGAAAACGAUUUAACUUAUGAUCACUGCAUCUCCCCAGUUGCUCUUACAUCUGUGAUUUGUUCGUUGUAGGUGCAUAAUAAAUAUCUAUUGGACAAAAAUGAAUGAAAAGAAAGUGAACACAUAGUUUCCAUAGUGUGGUGUGAACUAAGGAAGAUCCAAGUGACAUUCCAUUCAAACCAACAUGAAGUGCUGAGAAAAUCCCCAGUUAUUUUCCUUUAGCUGGAAAUAAUCAAACAUUGAAAAGACAUUGGAAUUGUAGAAAACUCUACAUAUGCUGAUGCCCUCGCCUGCUUUAAAGGAAAGGAAGAACUGCCACGUGGGGACAUAGGGCUACCCUAGUCAUCUUGCUUCAUUCCAAUGUAUUUUGUGGGGGCCAUAACCAUAGCUUCAUGAAUUGAGUGCACUCUGUAUAUGGUACUGUACCUCUAAACUUCAGAGUAACCCCUCCACUGGCCCCAUGUUACAGAUGGCCUGGAGAGGUUAGCAGCUUACCCAACGUCACGGGACUAAAGAGAGGCAGAUGCAAACUUCAAAAGCAAAUCCAUUUAAUCCCAAAAGCCCAUGCUUUUCUUGAUAGUCUGUAUUGUCAGUCACCCGCUCCCAUCUCAUAAAAAACCCAAAGGCUUGGUGACGUUCAUGAUACGUAAUCAGUAGCUCUUUGUGAAGUACAUAGUAGACUUCUUUAUUGGCCAAGAUAACACUUGUCUCUCUCCUUCUUACAGAAGACACACCAUCCCAUAUUCAUGAUACGAGUAACACCGAUUGAGCAUUUCAGUGUGCUAGGCAUUGUGUGAAACAUUUUCUCACACAGUAUCCUUUUUAUGUCAUAUCCCUGUGAGAAGUUAACUGGCAUGUUUAAGGUGGAGACAGGACCCAGGUGUGUCUGACUCCAGAAUACACACACGUGGAGCUAUACCAUGCUCCUCUUUGCCAUGUGCUUCAGCAGCCAACAGAUGGAUUGCUACCCCCUUUAGCCUCAUACUUCUCGUCUACGCCUAGUAAUGCUUUUGAAUAGUGCUGUGCGUUAAGAUAACCUGAGAGGGUCUGAGACUAGCAGUGAGUUUCAGAGAGGUGUAGGAAGCAAGGAGGGGAACAGGCCCAGCCUCUCCUGGAGAGCAGGCAGUGUUUAUUUGAGUUGUGCUGUCCUGGACCUAGCUUGGCGUCCAGGCUGUGAGAGACUUUCAUACCUCUUAUUCAGGGCGGAUGGGGAUGUGUCUAGAGAAUGCAGGUUUUUCCUUGGGAAGAUGCUUGUCAUGUGUCACUGAGCAGGGAGCUUUAGGUGUAAAGUCCUGUUCUCCAGUCCCUCUUCCCCAUGGCCGCCAGGGUGCUCUCUCUCAAACACAACUUGGCCAUACUGUCUACCCCACACGUAUUCCUUUAUUUUGAGUGUCUGCUGUGCACCCAGCAAUGUGUAGAGGAUGAAUAAGAAACACCAUCCCUGCUGGCUAGGAAAUCAGUCUUGUUGGAAAGCCAUACCCUCAAAACGUAAUUUUGGAGCUGGUUAGAGACCAUUUAGGCUAGCUUUUCUUAGCAAGGGCUCUGGAGAACUGUGGUUCUUCUAGGUUGUACAUCUCCCUGUUGAAACUCAAAAGUGAACUCUGAUGAAGUCUCCAGGGAGAACAAUUUGUGCCAAAUAUGCUUUGGGAUAUAACCGAAUAGUGCAGGCUCCUCUCUUUAAUAGAUAAGGGGGCUUGGCGAGGAAAAGGGACUUUCUGAAGUCACCGAAGAAUCCAAUGCUGGGCUCCAAGACCCAGCCCUGGGCUUAUUCUGCUGCACAGAGGCCCCCUAAUGUUACUCCCCACUCUGCUUCUAUCUCAGAACAGGCAGUCCUAAACCACAUAUUUUCUCCUGUAUCUUGAAACCAUAUGUUUAGUAGGGUUUUUUUUCUCCCUUUCUAAGAUAGGCCUCUGAUGUUUGGUGUCUGAAAUCGUUCUGUUUCUUUUUCAGAGCUGUUUUGGCAAAGACAUUGGAAAGCUAGGUUCACAACGAGGCAGAAGAGAAAGUGAGAGGAGGCUUGUAGGUGUGGAGCCCUAGUAGGAAAGACGGGGUUUCUAUGGGAAUGUUACCAGCCCCCUAAAUAGGGAGCUCUUUGAGGGCAGGAGCCCUGGUUUAUUCAUCUCAGUAUUUCCCACUCCCAGCACAAAAUAGACGCUCAGUAAACCUUCGAUAUUCAAUAUGCUUUAAAAAUUUUCUUUAUUUGGUGUACGCAUAUAAAAAUUCCAUUGUAAAACCCCUUGAAUUCAAACAUGAAAUGGUCUUGACUUUUUAGAGUAGUGAUUCCCAGAUCGCCUUGGGAUAGAAUCAUCUCAAGGUCUUAUUAUAAAAGGAGAAUUCUCAGGCCCUCGCCGCAGAACUUCUGAUUGAGUUAUUGAGUGGGUUCUGGGCAGUGCCUGGAAUGUGUUUUUUAAUAAGUGCCCCUGAUGGUUUGGAUGAUUGGCCAAAUCGGAGAGUCAGUAUCCAGAGGGUAACGUUGUUCGAUCCCCCAUGUCACCCUUAAAGACAGACAUGAAAAUAAGCACUGGCCUUCAGGCCUGGAACCUUAAAACAAACACACACACAAAGAGCUGUGUGCGAAGGAAUACAGAAAGGCUAUAUGCAGAACAAUUGGCCAGUAUAGCCUGGGUCAGAUGGAGAGGCGCGAUGGAUAGAAGUGAUUUGCAAGCCUAAUUAGACCUCCUCCCCAGUGCUCAAACCUGCAGCUCUAAGCCUCCUGCUAAUUGGCAGUCCCUUAAUAGAUUAGGACCUGGCAUCAGGUUUGCAUGUUAUUAUAAACCACACACAGAAAAACCCAGUGGCUGAGGAACUCCUGCCAAACCCAGGCCUGGGUUUUUGUGAGGCUUUUGAAGCGCGCUGCUCUUUCAGGAUUUUGUAUAGUCAGUGUACUAAAAGGCAUCAAACCACUCCUUUGGAUGGGAUUUGUGAAGGGCGAGUUUGUUCAAUAAUUAAUUCCCCAAGACCCAUUCUGUCAUCUUGACGGACAGGCUGGAGCCCAUAUAUGCAGCUCUGCUCUCAGCAGUCCUUGGGGCAUGAUAGGAGACAUGAUUUCUCAUGGAUCCUGUCCUAUCCUUAGGAAUCUGUCCCCCUCCCCUUGGUGCGCUUGCAGGGGAAGGAAGAAACGUUAAGAGCGCAUCUGCUAGAGCUGGGCUGAGUGACACACCAUCUCAGGAAAUCCUCACAGCAGCCCUUCCAAACUGCAUGACAUGACGUGUUUUGCCAAUGAGGACGUGGAGAUCCUGAGAACUCACUAGUCCAGGGUCACACCGCUACACCUGGAGGAGAGGGGAGGGACUCGCACCUGGGUCUGCUCGCUGCAAACUACCACCGAACCAAACCAAAGCUGGAAGACCCUUUUUAAUUUUUCUUGGUGCUUAGUUGAUGAAUCUGGGCAGUGUAAGAGUUUUUCUGAGACUCACAUCCUGCGCGGGAAUACUUGUUUGCAUCCCUGGGUAAUAUAUGUACUGUAAGUACACAUCUCCCUCCUCAGAUCAUAUAAUAGGGUCCCUGCUCAGGGGUGAGGCUGCCGUCACAGAGAGCCUUGCUGCACGGAGGGACCGAGCGGGGCCGCAGAGGGUGGCUUUGCAGGAGUGCGAAGGCCUCUGACUGGCUGCUAAGGGCGCAGUCAGGUAUGCCUGGAGCCUUUGAACAAUUCCAGGGGCCUUGCCCUCUGCUCUUGUCGGCCCAAUUAGGUUCCAGGGGGGCCUCCUUCCAUUUUUUUCCAAGUCCAUUUCCACAAAGGGAGAGCUGUAGGGGAGGCCGAGAUUUCAAUGAAAACCUUCCAUUUUUCAGGCAGACAUACCAGGCAGCUCUCAUGGCGAUACUAUGGUGAAGGAGAAUAAUGUUAUUUGGCAUUCCGCCCUUUUAAGAAAGUGUAUGUGUGUGUCGGGGGUGGUGAUGCGGAUGGACAGGCGGGAGAGGAUAGGCAGAGAGAACAGUGUGGGCUUUGUAAUUUACCGCAAUAGAGAGGUCAGGUGGGCAGGGUCAUGAGGAGAGGAGGGCUGCAGGGAAGGCCUCAAAGCCCCCUCCUUGGGCUGCAAUACCUUCUCCUCCCCCUUUUCCUGAUUCAUUCACUUUGAGAGGUUGCAAAGGGGAUGUUGAGGAGUUUUUAUGUUUUUAUUUGGAAGAAGGGCUCUAGACGUUCUGUCCCUCGGAGAGAAGCUGGCUCCUUGCUGCUUUGCAAGGAUUAAGGGCCUGGCUUCCAGAACCGUGGAAUAAACAUCCCAGGAACUACCCUUUUCUCUCCACAGCUGAAAAAUGCAUCAUGGAGCAGUGGCUUCCUGGAGAGUUCUGGCAAAAGAGCUUCCCUCCGGAACAAUAGGGCUCCUAUAGCAAGCCACCUAGGAGUUCUUCCCUGCAGCCCGCUCUCCCACGUGCAUCUGGAUGACCACAUUUUGUUUCCCUGAUCCUGGUGGGGAAGGGGCGGGGCUCACAGCCAGAGCCACCAAGGGCGGCCCCAGAGCACAAGGGUCUCUGUCUCGGGAGGGCUGACCCAUUUACGAGAAGUACCCCUUCUGAGGUCCAGGCAAAGGCACCUAAACGUAGGAAAUGUGAUGGCCGCAGGGCACUGUGCAAAGCCAGCCUGAGCCAGCGGCGUUUCUGCCCUGCUGCUCUGUGACCUUAUUUCUCAUCUUCUGUUCUGGCCUUUGCAAAAUCGAGCUGGUACUGCUUACUGGAAAGGAUUAUUGGGAGGGAUAAAUGAGAGCCAGCUCAAAGUGCCUAGAAUAGUAUCCAGUUUGCAGGAGUAACUGAUGCUAAUUCCCACCACCACCACCACCACCACCCCGCCCCCGCCUCUAACCCACACUGCAGUAUUGCUGAUAGAUACCUACUUCUUUGAGCCAAGAGCUGCCGAUCAUGAAUUUGGUUUGUAUCUGAAGGUUUGCAGAUUUGGGGAUGUUUUCUGGGGCUGUUCUUUAUAAAUGAGCAUCUUUGAACCCUGGAAGGCUUUGCUUGGCCAGGCUACCUUCACAGACUUAAAGUAGCCUGCUCACCAGUUACCCCAGCUGGGAUAGUGGGCAGGAGGUGAUGCCCAUCUGCUCUGUAAAGAUGCCAUGGAAAGAAAGCCUUCAGUUUGUUCAGAAGAUGCCCUGCACUCCUUGGAUAAAGGUGAAAACUUUGGAAGGUCCAUAAGACACCUGGUAAGACCACCUCUUUCAUUUUGCACAUGAAGAAAUAGAGCCCAAGAGAGCAGCAGUGCAAUGAUAUAGUUAGUUAGCAGCAGAGUUAAUGCUGAUGAAUACAAGUUUUUAUUAUCAGUUACCAUUGGUUAGUAUUUGUUUUUAAGGUGGCCUUGGCUAGAGAAACUUUGACUAAAUUCCCCAAACUCACUUGUGCUAUCUUAUCGCUACCAGGCAUUACUUCACUGAAUCGAAAACUAGUGUGGAGAUCAUUUUCCUUCCAGAAUAUUGGCUGAGCUGACCCAGCUCAGACUACUUGAGAUUCUUUCUUGCUCAGUAGGUGAAAGGUUGGCUAAUUUAUUAGAACAGACACAAAGUAGAAUGACCCCAAUAUAUCUAUCUGCCUUCAACUUACUAUAAUUUAUAGCGAUCCUAGUGAUGAUUAAGUUAGAAACCUUUUUCCUCCAAGGAAGAAAUUUCUUCUGAAUUGAACAACAUUUCUACCUCUCAGUUUUUCCUUUUUCGCAUCUUUUCAGCAUCUGUGUGUUAGGAAUUAGAUAGGCUCCCUCAAACUACUUUUCUCACUUUGCCUUAAGAGUAAGAGGUGGGUAGGGGAUGAGGGUGAAACUCUGAAGCAGUUUUUUGGGGGUGGGGGAGACUUCCCAGUUCUGGAUUUUUCUUUUUGUUUGUUUGUAUUGCUUUAAAUACAUCAUUAGCAUUCAAAUAACAGCAAGGAAUCUUUGAAAUGCAUUUAUUGAGCUAGUCUAUAAACCGGUAUUGCACACCUAUUGGCUGCUGAGUCAUGUGCUAAAGGGCAUCUUCCAUGCUCCCUGAAUAUUUUAGAAAUGCCUAUGUGGAAGUUCCCGUCAUGUGGCAUCAUGGGCAGUUGUCCCCAGAGUAUGCCUUCUUAGAGGGCAGGGACCACUUCUUAUUAAUUUUUGUAGCUCAUAAUUCUCUCAGUGUGGAGUUUCCUCCAUCAAAGCAGGCUUUUUCUCCUUCACUUUCUGGCCACCCAUUGCAACUUGGAGAACUCAGUGGGGUAUGCACCAAGCCUCAGAUGUCUGGGAGAGAAGUUUGACUUCUACUUUAAUCAGGUGUUCUGUAAUGCCAUUCACUCCCGGGAUAUGUCUAAAAUGAAAAUAUAGCCUAGAAGGACAGCACAGAGAGAGGAAAUAAACUACAAAUUAAAAAGUGAUUAGUGAGUGUUUAGGCAGAAGGUCAAAGGGAUUAUUUUGGACUUCAAACUUUUCAGCUUUCAGGGCUUGUAUUCAGUUACAAAAUUACAUCCCCGAAUUAUUUGUGCAGGUGGCAGCUGUCAGAUUUGAAGAAGGUUUCUGUGUUUUACAAAAGGAACAUUGACAGGGCUGGGAGUGGGGAGUAUGCUCCUGGGGUGAGGGCUGUCUUCUCCACCACGCACUGGAAUUGCUCCAGUCUUGUGCAGCUCGAGUGACAGUCCUUGUCUGAGCUGACACAGCCGUGUCCAGGUUGGUCAGGUGACCUUCUUGAGGAAACCAGUCAAGCCGGUUGAUUGGCAUGGAAACAGUCCCGGAGAGUCGAUUUUCAGACUGGGAGCGCAGGGAACGAACCUUUGUUAAAUACCUACCAUAUGGUAUUUCAUCCUCACAGCUCUUCAGAGUGGCUCUUGGCGUCCUCUUUUUACAGUUGGGGCUCAGAGAAGUUAAGCAAUUUGCUGAAGAUUGCCUACAUGAUAAGUGGCAAACCCGGUUUUCAAAUCCAGCGGGCCUGCCCUUCAUCAUCAUUGAGACAAGCACCAUCAAGCCUUACCACCGGGGGUUUUACUGCAAUGACGAGAGCAUCAAGUACCCGCUGAAAACCGGUGAGACAAUCAAUGAUGCUGUGCUCUGCGCCGUGGGGAUUGUCAUCGCCAUCCUCGCGAUCAUCACAGGGGAGUUCUACCGCAUCUAUUACCUGAAGGAGAAGUCCCGGUCCACGAUUCAGAAUCCCUAUGUGGCAGCCCUCUAUAAGCAGGUGGGCUGCUUCCUCUUUGGCUGCGCCAUAAGCCAGUCCUUCACAGACAUUGCCAAAGUCUCCAUAGGGCGCCUGCGUCCUCACUUCUUGAGCGUCUGCAACCCUGAUUUCAGUCAAAUCAACUGCUCCGAGGGCUACAUUCAAAACUACAAAUGCAGAGGCGACGACAGCAAAGUCCAGGAAGCCAGGAGGUCCUUCUUCUCUGGCCACGCCUCCUUCUCCAUGUACACCAUGCUGUAUUUGGUGCUGUACCUGCAGGCCCGCUUCACUUGGCGAGGGGCCCGCCUGCUCCGGCCCCUCCUGCAGUUCACCCUGAUCAUGAUGGCCUUUUACACAGGACUGUCCCGCGUGUCUGACCACAAGCACCAUCCCAGUGAUGUCCUGGCGGGGUUUGCUCAAGGAGCCCUGGUGGCCUGCUGCAUAGUUUUCUUCGUGUCUGACCUCUUCAAGACCAAGACGACACUCUCCCUGCCUCCUCCUGCUAUCAGGAAGGACAUCCUUUCACCUGUGGACAUUAUCGACAGGAACAAUCACCACAACAUGGUGUAGGUACUACCCACCUCCUGAGCUGUUUUUGGAAAAUGACUGCUGACAGCAAGUUUUUGCUGCUCCUCUAUCUCAUCAGACAGUAGAAUGUAGGGAAAAACUUUUUGCCCAACUGAUUUUUAAAAAGGAAAAAAAAAGUCUUACCUUGUGGCCUUCCAAAAUAGGUAGUGUUCACCUAUAUGGAAACAACAGCAAACUAACAGCGAGUGCGGGAAUCCUGGAUGUGCAGUUGGUUUAAGUGUUCAUGUUCUAGUGAACACAGGCUUGUUCCGGAACAAACACUAAGAUGAUUUGAGUAGAGCCUGCCGGUCACCUCUGUGACCUGAGGAAUCCCAGGCCUGUUGGAAAAGCUCAAAUUCACCUUGUAGCACACGACGCCAGAAAUAGCACUGAAUCAAGAAAAUAGCCAUGGGGGGCUCCCCUGUUGUGUCUCUCUGUCCACACCACUCGAUUCUCCACUGUGACUUUGGUUCAGGAAUCUUAUUUGUUUGUUUGUUUUUGUUUUUAACUCUAAGAAGAGAGCAUGUUUGCUCAGUCAAGCGAUCAGAUCCUGAAUCCAAAUUCCCAGUUGUGAAGCCUUAUCGCUCACUUCCGCAGCCCGUAGGCCAGCAACCGCAGUCCCUCACUUUAGCGAUUAGGUGACUCUUUGUGGAUGAGUGAAUUUCACAAACAGCACAAUUUCAGAAACGCUCGAGGGCACAGGCCCUCCCGUGUCUUCUCUUGGUGCACCAGCCUGUGAUGCUGAGAUGUAAAUUACAGGAUGCUGAUGUCCUGUACAUCAAACACCGGGGCACUGCCACGCUCAAGUAGUGAUGGUUAGCUUCGGUUACUGCUUUCUUCCUGGAAACCCUUGCUGGGUGCCCACCGGGAUUGCCUGGGAGCGCCCGGAGACGAUCAAAGAUGUGGUCUGCCAUCAGCUGAUGGAAAGCAGCCUUCCAUGCAAGAGAUGAAGGAGUGGAGGGGGCAGAAUGAAAAGUGAAGCAAAAGUCUGAAUGAGCCAGAGUAGCAGACAGUCUCACAUCCCAGAGGCUGCCCUUCCAGAUAAAGUGGGGGUCUCUGGGGGAGCCGCUCUUGCUAAGCUGUGUAAAGCACUAUUGUCUUGGGGUUGAUCUCUAGGGCAGUUCUUGGUAGGUUCUGCUGGGCAGAACACGUGGGUUAAAUCUCCGUAGAGUUUCCUCAUCCUCUCUCCGUAAGUGUCCUUCCAAGCAAGGUCCCACUCGAGGCAGCAGACAGGGACCGCUUCUACUGAACCUUUGAGGAAAGGAGGAAGGAAGAAAUGCUUUCAGAUCUCGGAUGCAAACCUUUCAAAGGGCUAAAUGUAACCACAUGGGUCAACCACAUGCACAUCCUUACAACAGAAGCCGUCCUUUCAUUUCAACUUAUAGCAAGCUAUGAUUUUUAUAUAUAAAUAUUAUAUAAAUAAUGUAUAAAACAUUAAAAGUUAACUAUGUAAAAUAUUAUUUCUGAAACAAUUUUAGCUAUAUCCACUAUGACUAUAAACUGUGUCUCGACCUGUGUUAUUUACAUUAGCUGCUUACAAAAGCAUGGAGUUCAUUUUUUUUUAAUAUCAACUAAAAUAUUGUAGUUCUGUGCUAGACAUUGUUUUUACAAUGAAAGAAAUAACUGCAACUAGAGAAAACUGUAUAAAAACAUUAAAUUGUCAGUAUUUUUGUAAGGUUCCAUUUUGUAAAGAGAAUAAUAUUCAAAGACUUUUGUAGAAUACAAAGUGAAAACUUGUAUCUGCGAAACUAUACUUGUAUUAAAGGUGCUUUUUAAAUAAAAGCUCAUAACAACUAA